GUAGACGAUCAGUAGGUGCCUUGUGACUGCAGCUCAAGCCUAAUUCAGGUGUGCCUCUGUAUUCAAUGGGAAUGAGCAACUUGACAAUUAUUAAGUUGACUAUAUUCACUAUAGUCAUCUUCAUCUCUGCAGGUGUAGAUGGACUUUUUCAGAUAGAGAAGCUGAACAAUACAGUGGAAAUCUCUCGGAGCAGCCCAGUUGGCACGGUGGUAAAGAAAUUCACUGUAAAGACCACUCCACAGGUUCCAGUUGCAGCUGGCUUUCCUAUGAUCAUGAACAGCAAUCCUUACAGUCAAGCAUUUAUCGUUACUGCUUUACUCCCAAAUGACUACCAGGUGGUUUUGGUUGAAAACCUUCCCCAGGAUUUCCCACCCAUCACACAACAAUAUGAACUACAGAUAUAUGCGGAGGAUAUCAGAGGAGACACGGGCAUGAAGACACUGGUGGUGAACGUAACUGAACAGUCAAGACCUCUAAAGUUCCGUGACAAUUUAGGAAAUCAAGAUGUAUUGAUAUACAUUGAAGAGAGAACCAACCCGGGGCUUAUUUACCAGCCCAGUGUUUUUCACUUGGGAAAGAAUAAUCUCACCUAUUCGCUGGCACCAAGCACCCCUGAAUUUUUUAAUUGUGAUUCAACAAAUGGCUUUAUUUAUUCCCUCAAACCAUUCAGAUUUGACAAAGAUCCUCACAGUUAUAUAUUGAUGUUGAAUGUCAAUGAUGGCACUUACAUCAUCUCAGGAAGAAUUAUUGUUUAUAUUGUGAAUAUGGAUGAUGGCACAAUUACAUUUACCCAAUUUUUUUGCACCUAUCCUGGUUCUGAAGGAAAAAUGAACAUCAGCACUACAAAAACAUGUACAAUUCCAGAAGAAUUGCUGCCAGGAACAGAAGUGGCCAGAAUAUCAGCACAAGACCCAGAUGACUUUAAUUUUUUGACCAUCCUCCAUUACAGUAUGACUGGCUCCACAAACUUUUCCAUCAAUCCUUUAACUGGAGCAAUUCAAGUAACUAAGAGGAUUGACAGGGAUACUCCACCAUACAAAAAUAAACCCUUGGUACCUUUGCAUGUGACGGUCAGAAACACACUGAGUGGAAAGUCAGCGGAGACCGAGAUAACAUUUAACAUCAUGGAUCUCAAUGAUAUGCCUCCAAACUGCACACCGCAAGUCUACUGGUUAGUUUGGCAGAAUUUCUACACUGUUUAUGCAUAAUAAAUGCCAUCCAUUAUAAUUCAGCAUGGCUGACGAUUUGC